GGCAGAAGGUUGGCAGGCCGCCCGGUUGACUUUGACCACGUGCAGACGUGUCUAGCAGGCCUCAUCGCCGCAUCCACCACGUCCAGUCGUGCUCUGUUGUGCGGGGUGACAAGUGAUGACCGCUUUAUUAAAUUUAUACCAGCAAAUUGUUUCAGUUUUAGUAUGAGUUAGAAGAAACGUUUAUAUCAGUGAAAUUUAUAUUUUUGAAUACGUGUGCUUGAACUAAAAUAUGAGUUUUAAUGAAAUUGGAAUUUGAUUUAUUAAAUGAGACCCUCGUUAUUUUAGUGAUGUUUUUAAAUGUUCCCAAACGAUAUAAUCGAGACGGCAUGUAAAGAAUACACGUGUUUUGCAAUGACUACAAUUAAAAUUUCAAUGGGAAGUUUCUGUUGAGAUACAUAUUCCGAAUAAGGAACAAGGUAUUCGAUCGCGCUCAAACAUUUUAAUGUAGUUUUGUAACUAGCCAUGAACAUUGUGCAGUGACCCUGUCGCCAAGCUUUCGUAUCGUGCUUAUCACUUCUUCAAGUCUGCAGUGCUCAGCUGGCCUGCUAGUUAUAUACUGCUUUCAUACACAGACCAUAAGGACUCUGCUGAAUAUGGUGAAGAAUCCGCUUAUUUACACGAUCACUUCAAUGCCAAAUCAUUUAUGAAACUUUGAAUAAAAUGCAAUCCUAUCCCUCAAGUAUGAUAUUUAUGUAUGACCGUGUUUUAAAAUAGUUUUAUCGUUACAAGUUAGUUCUUGUCUGUAUUUGGGGGAGGUCAGAACAAUCUCAGUUGGUGCCAGAGUGCCAGAGGAUGUCUGGAGAAAUGUCCAGGAAGACUUUCUUCGUGAGUGUCGGUGCUGGUCUAGCAGUUUUGAGACUGCUGCUAGCGUGCAGGGUUCUGCUGUGGUUUGGGUUGGCUGCCCCUCUGACCAUCCCCACGGUUGCCAUGUCAACUUUUUCGGGACCUAACGCGACAGAGUGGCAACUUCACCGCACAAUGAGAUUCACCGCUGAAGAACUCCUCAACACGCGGUUUGCCAGUCGCAUCUCCGACGAUAUUGACCUGGACCCGUGCAAAGGAGACGGGUUCCUGGACGACAUUGCUCUCCCGAACAUGGGCCUGGAACUAGAAUGGGAGAGACAGAAACAAAACAAGAGCUACAUAGAAGAGGUGGAGAAGUACAAGAAGGAGAUCCUAACCGAGGGGCUGCAGGUGGAGGAAGAAGGCUUGCUGGAGGUGCAGGUGGCAAGACAGCGGGAGAUGAGACGGCAACAACAGGUCAGCAACAGAGCAGACUCAGUUCCACCGCUCGAGGGCGAAAACAAAGCAGUGUCCAAGGAGGAGGAGGACAACAAUACGCCGAGGAGACACGACUCCAGCCCAAAGCGGGGCGCCCAAGCAGACGGAGAGUCGCGCAAGAAGGACAGGCGAAGACGAGCCGGAAGGAGACGGUCUCACAAACUUCGUAAUGAGUCAGAAGGCUCAAGGGACAAAUCUAAAUUUAAUGAGAAUGGAAGACAAAUAAAUCGAACACUUCCUCACGAUGAUGCAGGACUGCAGUUGUUACAUAACAGCACACAGAAACGUACGCAUAUCCUGGAAGAUGCCAACAAACCUGCACAGAAUGGACGUGAAUCUGUUCAAACCACGUCUACAGACGUCAAUAAGAUCUCUUACAGACCGGGAAAUUCGCUUGGUACAGCACAACUGACGAAACCUCCAGCUGAAGAGCCUGCGGCGACACAAAAACGUCGACGUGUAGUUAGAGCCGCCACUGCCCGCAAAGAGAGAGUGUGGGACUACGGGGUGAUACCCUACGAGAUAGACGGGAACUUUAGUGGCGCUCACAAAGCGCUGUUCAAACAAGCCAUGCGUCACUGGGAAAAUUUCACGUGUGUCAAGUUUGUCGAAAGAGUGCCCUCAGAACAUCCCAACUACAUUUUGUUCACAGAGAGGCCUUGUGGGUGCUGUUCUUUUGUUGGGAAGCGUGGCAACGGCCCACAGGCUAUUUCUAUUGGGAAGAACUGCGACAAGUUCGGCAUCGUAGUGCAUGAGCUGGGGCACGUGGUUGGCUUCUGGCACGAGCACACGCGUCCUGACCGUGACGACCACGUUCAGAUUGUGCGGGAGAACAUAAUGACUGGCCAGGAGUACAACUUCAACAAGUUGACAGACGAAGAAGUGAAUUCCCUGGGUCUCCCAUAUGACUACGACUCCAUCAUGCACUAUGCACGUAACACCUUUUCUAAGGGCACAUACCUCGACACAAUCCUGCCACUGGAGAGGUACACCAAUAAGAGGCGUCCUGAGAUUGGACAACGAAUCAGGCUGAGUGAGGGGGAUAUUGCUCAGACUAACCUACUGUACAAAUGCUUUCGUUGUGGGAGAACAUAUCAGGAUAAUUCUGCCACAUUUUCAUCACCAUCACAUCCAAAUUCAAGUCCACCAGCAGAGGGUGAACGCUGUGAGUGGCGUAUCACAGCUACACACGGUGAGCGCAUUGUGCUCAACAUUACUGAAAUGGACAUCUAUGAUAGUGACAACUGCCGCACUGACUACAUUGAGGUUCGCGAUGGCUAUUGGCACAAGUCACCUCUCCUUGGACGAUACUGUGGCAGUAAUCGUAUCCAUAAUCCAGUGAUCUCAAAUGGGAGCCGAAUGUUGGUGACUUACAUAGCAUCCACCCGUCAGAAUGGCCAUCGUGGAUUUAUGGCAAAUUAUGAAGCUGUCUGUGGAGGUCAUUUGACAAUGGAUGAAGGUCAUCUGGAGUCCCCAAACUAUCCAGAUGAUUAUCAGCCUAACAAGGAGUGUGUCUGGAAACUCAGUGUGCCAGAAACCUACCAGGUGGCUUUAAAAUUUGAGUCAUUUGAGGUGGAGAAUCAUGACAAUUGUGUGUAUGACUACCUAGAAGUGCGAGAUGGUUUGUUGCCUGAUAGUCCGCUUAUUGGUACAUUCUGUGGGUACAAGAUUCCACGUGAUAUUCACUCUACAAGCAAUCACCUGUACAUCAAAUUUGUUUCUGAUGGCUCAGUUCAGAAAGUAGGCUUCUCUGCAAAGUUUAUGAAGGAGUUUGAUGAAUGUGCGCUACAAACCCAUGGCUGUGAACAUAACUGCAUAAAUACUCUUGGCGGGUAUGAGUGUUCUUGUAGAAUUGGAUUUGAGCUGCAUUCUGAUGGCAAGCAUUGUGAAGAUGCUUGUGGUGGAGUGUUUGAUGUCUCAAAUGGCACAAUAACAAGUCCCAGUUUCCCAGAACUGUACCCUGUAAACAAGAAUUGUGUGUGGGAAAUCAUAGCUCCACCACAGUACCGCAUUACUCUCAACUUUACUCAUUUUGAAUUGGAAGGAAAUAAUGUGUAUCAGCAAGAGUGUGAAUAUGACAGUGUGGAGGUACACAGCAAGAUGGGUGAGGAUGUAAUGAGGAAACAUGGUGUCUAUUGCGGCUCCCGGAUCCCUCCCCUCAUCACAUCAGAUGGAAACAGCCUCCGUGUUGAAUUUAAUUCUGACAACUCAGUCCAGAAAUCUGGCUUUGCUGCAGUUUUCUUUACUGAUAUGGAUGAAUGUGCAAUCAACAACGGAGGUUGUCAACAUGAAUGUCGUAAUACCAUUGGUUCCUAUGCAUGUUCCUGCCACAACGGGUUCAUGUUGCAUGAAAAUGGACAUGACUGUAAGGAGGGAGGAUGCAAAUAUGAGAUUACUGCACCUUCUGGAACCAUCUCUUCACCCAAUUAUCCUGACUAUUACCCAAGUCGCAAAGACUGCAUUUGGCAUUUCACUACUACUCCAGGACAUCGCAUUAAGUUGAUAUUCAGUGAGUUUGAACUGGAGCCCCACCAGGAGUGUGCUUAUGAUCAUAUUGUGAUAUAUGACGGAGAUUCCCCAGAAGCACACACACUGGGAAGAUUUUGUGGCUCCAAAGCGCCACAUCCAAUUAUUGCUACUGGGAAUCAGAUGCUUUUGGUCUUCAAAUCAGAUGCAUCUGUACAAAGAAAAGGCUUCUUUGCAAGCCAUACAACAGCUUGUGGUGGGCACCUACAGGCAACUGACCGUGUCAAACAUCUGUAUUCACACUCAAAGUAUGGUGACCACAAUUAUGAAAAUAGAGCAGAUUGUGAUUGGUCUAUCGAGGCAGAGCCUGGCCUCAAUGUACAUCUCACCUUCCUCACAUUUGAGUUGGAAGAUGAACAGGACUGUGGCUAUGAUUAUGUUGAGGUUUACUCUGGCCUUGAUGCUAGCGGACCUUUUUAUGGCCGCUUUUGUGGAAAUUCAAAUCCCACUGAAAUCAUCUCUAUGAAUGAGGCCCUUCUAGUCCGUUUUCGCUCAGAUGACUCUUUAAUGAACAAAGGAUUUUCAGCUUCAUAUGUUGCUUCUGAUCCUAUGGGCAGUGAAGAGGGGGCAGUCAGAAUAGCUCAAGAGGAAGAAGAGAGUCAAGAUGACUAGGAAAUUAUGAUCAGCAUGAAUUAAAUAAGUUCAGAUUGGGUACACCUAAGGAUGGCAAUCUGUCUUGCUUGACAUGCUGUGGUCAGGUUUCAGGGAUUGGCUUGGCUUAGUCAGAAUAGCACAUUAAGUGAUGGAAGUACUGAAGCUUUAAAAGAUCUCAUAUGUCAUUAUCUUGAAGGAAUAUCCCAAGGCUGGUGUAGUGUCCAGUGUAUGGUGAUGUACUUGAAGACUAGAACAAGAAAGUAAGAUUGUAUGUAUUAUAGCAGCUUCAAUGUUCUGAAAGUAACUGGCAAGGAAGUGCUCUAAAUACAGUGGGUGUAAUUUCUGUCAGUGUCAUUCACAUGUUUAGAAUUCCUGAGGCCAUUCAAGCCAGGACAUAAUGUCUAAGCAAACAUAUAUUUUAAGAUCAUGACAAACCAUGAUACUUGCAUGAAUUCAGGGUGCAAUUUUUACCGUGUUCACUCUUCAUAAAGACAAUUUGUAUACAAUAAAUUAUAUCCUUCAUCCACAAUUUGUUUUUAAUAACAAAUAUGUUUAAAUGUCAUACUGGACUUGAGAUGUGGGUUGAGCUAAUUUAUGUUGCAGAAUAGUGUGAGAAACACCACCAUUAAUCAGAUUAACAAAUCCCAUACUUGGCAGGUGGCUGAACAUGCAACAGUGCUAUGUAACCUUUGUCUUGUAUCAAUUAACUAAGCGACCCAUCAUUAAGAUAUGCAGGGAAAUGGAGGUAUAACUAGCUACAUGUAUUCUUAAGCUAAGCAGGCAAGCUUUAUAAUCCACAGCACCUUGGAUUCAUAUGAUUAUGGUACCAAUACAUAACAAGUGAAGAUGGUGAAGGCAUAAACAGAAAUGUCACAUUAUUUUCACAGCAUUCCAUGGUUAGAUAGAGGGCAAGUGACUUGGACAAUAUUAGUUCCAAAAUAAUGAUGUAUUUAUAACAUUUAAAAUAUAUAAGAAAUUAUGUGAAUAUAGUAUACCAAUGGUUGGACAUGACUGAACACCUUUAAAAUGUUUGCUGCUCAAAAUGGCUGGUGUUUGACUACUCCCACUCCAUGCAAAGCUGUCCACAAAUGACUCAACUUUACAGAUCUAAACAUAGCAUGGGCCAUGUAGAAUAAAUUGUAUUCAUUUUACAGUGAA